GCCUGAACUGAGGAAUUCCAUGGAAGGAUACAAAAUUGCUACAAAAAGAUUAACGUCGACUUCAAACGGCUACUUCAAAGAAAAUGGCAGCUCGUAAACUGAAUUGGUCUGAUCGAGAGACAAGGAUUUUAAUAGACGUUUUUAAACAGCAUGAUAUAAUGAAAAGAUUGGAUGGAAGAAAAUUUAAAAAUGGGGAGUUGUACUUAAAGGUACACAAAACCUUAGUGAGUUUGGAGGUAGAGCGAUCCAUCACACAGAUCCUACACCGAUGGAAGUGGCUGAAGGCCGGUUACUACAAGGCAAAGGCCGCCUCCGAAAGGUCCGGCGCUUCACCAGCAAAAUUCCCCUUUUUCGAGGAGAUGAAGGAGUUGCUGGGAGGAUGACCUCUUUCCAAUGUCGAGGGGGUUGAUGUGGGGAUGGGGGGCGAGGAGGAGGUGAACGUCGAGGUGGAGGAUCCAGACCAAAAAGACGUAUCUGAUGCUUCCCUCAGUAGUGGUGACGAGCAAGACGGAAACUUGGAAAGCAGCAUGGAGGACGAAAGUGCAGCUGACCAAAGUCUGGCAAGAAAAAAACCAAAAGCAACUGUGGCAUCGGGAUACCAAAGAGCCCUGCAAAAUUGGUCUGCCGACCAGAGGACCUUUUUGGAGGAAAUGCAGCAUAGUCAGCUCCAGAAGGUGGAGGCUCUCCAGCAGAAGGCCAGGGAGCACGAGGAGAGGAUGUUUAUGGCCUUCAUGGAGGAGAACACCAGGUCAAAUGAACGACUCUUGACCCACCUUUUUGAAGGGCUGAGGGGAAUGCUUUCCCCCACUCCUGCCCAAGGAUUCCCCCCUCCCCAUGCCCAUCCCCACCUGUACCCGCAUCCAAUGAUGCCCCACCCAUAUCCACCUCUCCACACACCUACCACUUCAAAUGCAUACCCUCAGGCACGUACCCCUCCAUACCCACAGGCACAAACGCCAGACUAUGUGCUGCACGACCUGGAUGUGGACAAUUAAUGGUACCCAUGUCUGUUUACACAUGUAAGAUCCUGUUGUUAAUAAAACAUUUGAUUACCACUCCGCGUUGUAUGACAUAGAAAAUGCAUACAGUCACAACAUUUUUUGAGAAAAAGUUUAAUUAAACGUUAAUUAUUCAAAAUUCUUUUGGUAAUGUAGUAGUAAUUAAAAAAA